GGCAAAUGGGUUGUUAGCAGCCGUCAGAUGGAAGCGGAAUGGUUGGAAGAAAUCUGAAGCGGGGUAAAUGACCGAAUGAGUUACAGGCGUCGUUCGCUGGUGAUGCGAUUUCGAUGAUUCAGUGCCAUACGUUCGUAUCUUAGAGUUAUUAUUAUUAUUAUUAUUGGAGGAUUAGUGAGUAAUUAGGUUAGGAUUAAAAGAGGAGGGAAAAUGGAAUUGCAAAUGAAGGUGGCGCAGGCGGUUCACGUACUAAAUCACGAUACAGAGUCGUGCAACCGCGUGGCGGCAAAUCAAUGGCUGGUUCAAUUUCAGCAGACCGACGCCGCUUGGGAGGUCGCCACCUCAAUACUCACCACCGAUUUUCACCACUCCGUCGUCUCUGAUUACGAGGUCGAGUUCUUCGCUGCCCAGAUUCUCAAACGGAAGAUCCAAAACGAGGGCUGUUACCUGCAAUCUAGAGCCAAAGAUGCUUUGCUAAAUGCCCUUCUUGUUGCUGCUAAAAGAUUUAGUUCUGGCCCUCAUCAGCUUUUGACACAAAUUUGCCUUGCACUGUCUGCACUUAUACUGCGAGCUGUUGAGCAUGGAAAACCUGUUGAGCAACUAUUUUAUAGUCUUCAGAAUCUACAGACUCAGGUUGAUGGAAAUGUUGCUGUGCUGGAGAUGCUUACUGUUUUACCAGAGGAAAUUUUAGACAACCAAAAUGCUGACUCUAAAAUAAGUUCAGCUGACAGAAGCCAGUAUGGCCAAGAGCUUCUUUCGCAUACACCUAUGGUUCUUGAGUUCCUACUGCAGCAAUCUGAGAAAGGGUUUGAUAGUGGUGUACAACUACCUGAACGGAACAGAAAGAUUCUGCGUUGCUUAUUAAGUUGGGUUCGAGCUGGAUGUUUUUCGGAGAUUCCCCAUGGGUUACUACCAGCGCAUCCACUCCUCAACUUUGUUUUUAAUUCUUUGCAGAUGUCAUCUUCAUUUGAUUUGGCAAUUGAAGUUCUUGUUGAGCUUGUGAGUCGACAUGAGGGGCUGCCCCAUGUUUUGUUAUGCAGGGUGCAUUUUCUUAAAGAAGUAUUACUUCUGCCAGCUCUUAGUAACGGUGAUGAGAAAGUAGUAGGUGGUCUUGCUUGCUUAUUGUCAGAGAUUGGCCAGGCUGCACCAUCUCUUAUCGUGGAAGCAAGUGCUGAGGCAGUUGCACUGGCUGAUGCACUUUUGAGCUGCGUGACGUUUCCAAGUGAAGACUGGGAGAUAGCAGACUCAACCGUGCAAUUUUGGUCUGGUUUUGCAAGCUAUAUUCUUGGCCUUGAUGAGGAUGGUGCAAAACAGAGGAAGCAAGUGGAAGACAUGUUUUUCCCUGUAUUUUCAGCAUUACUUGAUGCGCUGUUGUUGCGUGCUCAGGUAGAUGGUUCUAUGUUUGAUGAUGAACAAGGAACACCUGAGCUGCCUGAUGGUCUUCUCCACUUUAGGAUGAACCUUGUUGAGCUUUUAGUGGAUAUAUGUCAUCUUUUAAGAUCUGCUACAUUUAUUCAGAAGAUUUUCUUUGGUGGGUGGGCAUCUGCAAAUACACCAAUACCCUGGAAGGAGGUGGAAACCAAGUUAUUUGCUCUUAAUGUGGUUGCCGAGGUAGUCCUACAGGAGGUCCAAAACUUUGAUUUUUCGGUCAUCAUGCAGUUGGUCACAGCGUUGGCCACUAGGCCUUUAGAUGAGCUGAAGGGCAUCAUGUGCAUUGUGUAUAGAUCUCUUGCAGAUGUUGUUGGUUCCUAUUCCAAGUGGAUAUCUGCUUUUCAAACAAAUACUAGACCCUUACUAUUAUUCCUAGCAGCUGGAAUAUCAGAACCCCUGUCCUCGAGUUCAUGUGCUUCUGCUUUGCGCAAAGUUUGUGAAGAUGCUUCUGCAGUGAUGUAUGAACCUUUGAAUUUGGAGAUUCUGAUGUGGAUAGGAGAGGGUUUGGAGAAGAGAUAUUUACCUUUGGAAGAUGAGGAAGAAGUUAUCAGUGCUGUUAGUCUGAUCCUUGGUUCUAUUACUAAUAAAGAAAUAAAGAGCAGCUUGUUGGCUAGAUUGCUUUCAUCUAGCUUUGAAGCCAUUGGGAAACUUGUAGAUGCAGAUAAUAGCCACCGUCUUAGACUGAAUCCUGCUACGUAUACACAAAUUUUGAACUCUGGUGCAAGAGGGCUUUACAGGGUGGGAACUGUAUUCAGUCAUCUAGCAACAUCUGUCCAGAGUGGGCCUUCUGCAGAUGAUUGUAUGCUGGCACUGUUGCAAGUUUUUUGGCCUAUUCUUGAAAAACUUUUCAGGUCUGAGCACAUGGAGAAUGGUAAUUUAUCUGCAGCAGCUUGCCGUGCUCUUACACAAGCAAUUCAAUCAUCAGGUCAACAUUUCUUAAGAUUACUGCCCAAAGUACUAGAUUGCUUAUCAACAAAUUAUGUCACAUUCCAAAGUCAUGAAUGCUACAUAAGAACUGCAUCUGUUGUCAUUGAAGAAUUUGGCCAUAAAGAGGAGUAUGGGCCCUUGUUUGUCACCACUUUGGAGAGAUUUACAUACGCAGCAUCGGUAAUGGCUCUUAAUUCUUCAUACAUAUGUGACCAAGAGCCUGAUCUAGUGGAGGCGUACACAAAUUUUGCAUCCACAUAUGUGCGCGGAACUCGUAAGGAAGUAGUGGCUGCAUCUGGUACCCUUCUUGAAAUUUCCUUUCAAAAGGCAGCUAUAUGCUGCACAGCCAUGCAUCGUGGUGCAGCACUUGCGUCCAUGUCAUACUUAUCUUGUUUCUUGGAGGUGGGCCUGGCCUCUUUGUUAGAUUCUUCUAUGACUUGUAUCUCUGAAGGAUCAUUCAGUGCAAUGGCCAUUCAAGUCAUAUCCCAUAGUGGCGAGGGACUUGUAUCAAACCUAAUUUAUGCUUUACUUGGUGUUUCUGCAAUGUCACGGGUUCACAAAUGUGCAACAAUCUUGCAACAGUUGGCAGCAAUAUGCAGUUUAAGCGAGAGAACAACCUUGAAGGCUAUUCUUUGUUGGGAAUCUUUACGUGGAUGGUUACGCACAGCGCAGGUGCAGGCUCUUCCUGCUGAAUACCUAAAGCAAGGGGAAGUUGAAACCUUAGUGCCAGUUUGGUCUAAGGCCCUUGCUGGUGCAGCUUCAGAUUAUAUAGAGAGCAGGAGCUGUGAUGGAGGACACAAUAGUUACGGGCACAUGCAAGGAAAAGGGGGGAGGGUUCUAAAGCGUUUAGUUCGUGAGUUUGCUGAUAGCCACCGCAAUGUUCCAAAUUUGACUUGAUUACUGCCGAAUUUUACUUAUGCCAUUUGCAUCUGAUUUAGCUGGCGGCUUUAAGAGCUAUUGGGGCCUUGUGAAUCGGAGUUGGUACCGCAUUUUGCAGUUGUAAAGCGAUUGCUGUUUUUUUUUUUUUUUUUUUUUUUUUGGGUCCAGGCUUGCCAAAUAUGGGCCUGUUAUUUGAGCUAUGUUCCCAAUACACAUAUUCUUCAAUCUAAUUUUCUGUAUAGUCUCUUGCCCAAUUUUGACAGGAA